AUGCGGAAACCAUCACUUUCCCAAGCGGUUCACGAAAUCCUCUUCCCUCGACAGCGCCAAGGGGACCCAGGGUCCUUCACAGCUCAUGUCACGCGCAAUCUUGUGCCUGAGGUGCGCAUCGAAACGAAUCAGUUCUAUGGGCCUCUCGACUGCAUUGAAGCCCAAUAUCCUGGCCUGGACUAUGCGCAUCCGCCCCAUCGCCUGCGGCUGAGUCGCUUCCCCUGGCAUCGUCGUUUGUUUCGUGCCUUCGAUGAGCUCAAACUGACGGAAGAAGAGAUCUCAGAAUUAUGCUGCUGGGAGGGGACCAAGUCCGCAAGGCAGCGCUAUGAGCUGGAGAAAAACAUCCGAGUGCGGGACACAACAGGGGAUACGGUUCGCAGGGCGACAGCAGCCCCUUCCCCGACGGUGACUCUGCACCCUCAUUUCUACACAUUGACUGAAGAAUCAGACGAAGAAGACUAUCUGGAUGCCUUUAUUGAAACUCGAAGUGAAGACACUGUCCGAGCUAGCAUUUCGCGCACUUCGAGCGUAACCAGCAAUGUUCGCAAUUCGCUGGGCGAUGAGGAGUACAGUGACGAUGAGAUGGAGAGCUGUGGUGUGGCACUGAAUCAUCGUCUGAUGGCUGCAACUGCAGCACGAGCUCGAGGAGCAGAUGUUCCCCUCGACGAAGACUACGAACAAUGGCUCAAAGAUGUGAAUGAGCGCGGUGGCUACGAGUGGAUGGUGGCGGCAAUUCGUACCAACCAACCCGUCGAUAACCCAGAGGCGGCUGCUUCAUCACCUCUAGCCUCUGUUUCACCGCAUACAGAAUUGCGCGGUUGGGAGAGACGCGGCGAGGAGGAGGCCGUCCUCGCCGACGAAGAAACCCGGCCACUUUCUGCAAGCGAGCCGAGUACCACCUCGAACGGGUUGUAUGCACAUGCCAUCGAGCCUCUCCGGGUGCAGAGUGCAGAGUUUGAACACGGCUUGGGGCCUCGCAAUCACUACAAUUGGGGAGGGCUCUUUGCGGAUAACGAGAGGAAUGGUAACCCUGCUCCGCAGCACCAUCAGUCGCAAGGUUCCAACACUGCUCGCUGA